CCCUUAGUAUUAUUUUAUUUUUUUUCUUGGGUACGGAAGACUUAUGAUACCAAACAUGAAAAAGACUAUUUUUUAGUAUUUUGAGCUUCCUGCAGACCCAAAGAAGACAGUGUAGAAAAAAAUGCCACACCACCCAAGUUAAAGCAGAAUCUCUACACGGCCCGCGUAGCAAUAAAUAUGAUAGAAACAAGUAUUAAGUUAUUAGCCACAAAUUAGAAACGUGGAAUGAUGGAAUCUUACAACUACCAUCCGAUCUGGUACAAACAGCCUUCCACGUGUCUACUGUGUAACUGGCUUUCAAGUUUCAUCUCGUUCUGCGCCCUACAUUUUUUAGUUGUGACGGACGAUCGUCCAGGAAAUUAAAAGAAUUAGGCUUUUAAAGAAGGUGGAAGGAGCAAAUGUCUUCCAGAGAAGACCAAUCAAAUCCCAGGAAGUAAAAAGAUGUUUGGUGGCGAUAACCUCCUUAACGGGUCCCAGCCCUGUCAAGGUAGAAGAUUUUCCUUUUUAAUUAACGGAGCCGUGACAAACCGUGACGGUACCGUCGGCAACUACUCACGGUUCACACGUACCGUUAAUCUUUUAUUUCGGCUUUGUGCCACGAUCGAUCCCUCCACACUAACGUCGUCUUCCUCCCGUUCCGUCUCCCCGAUUCGAAAACCCUAACCCUAAUUCUCCUCCGCCGUCCCCGUCCGUCUUCUCUCUAUGGCCUCCUGCGAAGACGACUUCUCCAUUCUCGGGGACGAAAAUCAAGCACCCCCCCACCCUUCUCACCACCCCCAGUCCUUCGCUUCUCAUCGCUUCGCGGGCAAGUCCACGCCAAUCCACUCUCACGCACAGGCUCCGCCACCGCAAACUCAUCCCCUCAACACCCUCGGCGCCGCCGGCGGUGCCGGAGGUGGAAGCCCUAAGAAGGUUGGUGGCGCAGCAGCUGGAGACGACGAAGAUGAAGCCGACGACUAUAGCGACGCCGCUUUUUGCUCUCAGACUGACUCCAAGUGUGCUCCGUCCUUCCACGACGUGAAUCCUAAUUGCUUCCCGGCCGAAGAUGAUACCAACCCCUUUGCUGCCGAAGAAGAGCCCGACCCUAAUAAAGCUAGAGCUAAUACCGUUCGGAAUGAAAAACGUAAGGACCGUGAUGAGCUCAGCGAUAGUGGAACGCCUUACGGUUUCAAGAAAUCGAAGCCGGGUGGAGGUGCCGGUUCCGGCGCCGGAACGUCUUGUGGGGGGGACUACCGGAAGGACCGGGAGGAGUGGAGCGAUUCGGCGAUUGGUUGCCUUCUCGACGCGUACACGGAGAAGUUUGUUCAGCUUAAUCGGGGGAAUCUUCGAGGUAGGGAUUGGGAGGAAGUGUCGUCGAUUGUUAGUGACCGGUGUGAUAAGACGAAGUCGUUUAAGAGUGUGGAACAGUGCAAGAAUAAGGUGGAUAAUUUGAAGAAGAGGUACAAGGUGGAGAGGCAUCGGAUGAGUAGUAGUGGUACGUCGGUUAGCCACUGGCCUUGGUUUAAGAAGAUGGAGCAAAUUGUGGGUAAUUCAUCAAAGGCUGUAUCAGAUGAAGAUAGGCCUGUUGGUGCCCCUGCUAAUAUGCUCAGGCAGUCCAAGAGAUAUGUUUCAACACCUAGCCCUGUUGGCUUGGGAAAUAAUUUGAAGUCCAAAUCAUUGUCAAACCCCAGAUGGCGAAGAGUGGUUUUCAAAAUUAGUGGUGCUGCAUUGGCUGGGAAUGGUCCUCAAAAUAUUGACCCAAAGGUUAUCAUGAUGAUUGCAAGGGAAGUUGCCACUGCUUGUCACUUAGGUGUGGAGGUGGCAAUAGUUAUUGGUGGUCGCAAUUUCUUUUGUGGGGACACAUGGGUAACUGCAACUGGUCUUGAUCGCUCCACAGCAUACCAGAUUGGGAUGAUGGCAACUGUGAUGAACUCGAUAUUGCUUCAGUCAGCUCUAGAGAAGUUGGGUAUUCAGACACGCAUUCAAUCUACAUUUCCAGUGCAAGAGGUUAUUGAGCCAUACAAUAGGAAACGGGCUGUCCGGCAUCUUGAAAAAGGAAGGGUUGUCAUAUUUGGUGGCAUUGGGGCUGGUACUGGAAAUCCACUUUUCACAACUGAUACAGCUGCAGCUUUGAGAGCUUCAGAAAGUAUAACAAUAAAUGCCGAAGCAGUCCUGAAGGGUACACAUGUUGAUGGUGUGUAUGAUUGCCACAGAAGCAACAACAACAAUGUAGCAUUUGAGCACAUUUCUUUCAGGGAGUUGACCUCCAGAGGUAUUACUGCCAUGGACUUGAUGGCAAUAACAUUUUGCGAAGAGAAUGGAAUUCCUGUUGUGGUAUUUAAUCUACAUGAGCCUAGCAACAUUUCUAGAGCAUUAUGUGGAGACCAAGUUGGUACCUUGAUUGAUCAAACGGGGAGGAUUAGCUGAUGCAUAUGUGGCAUGUCUUCUCUGAUCUGUGUCAAGACCUUAGCAGCACAUGAAUUCCUCAAAACAAGAUCUCGAAUUCCUGAAAAGUGAAAAUUGUGGUCCCUUUAGUUUGGCGGAUUUCAUCAAAGCCCUGAAAUUCCUGCUUGCGAUGUGUAUAUGGGAAGGUAGGAGUAGGUUUGGGAUUUCAUCUGGUGCCAUUGACUGAUAAUUGCAGAGUUAGAUAAGUGCUUUAUUCCGUACUUGGUUAAAGAAGCAAGCAAAGAAGGCAAUUUAUUCGUUACAGAGUUAACUUCUACUGGCCUGUAUCAUUUUUCCCCUUUGUAUUUUACUUUGCCUGUAUAUCUUUUUUUUUUUUUCAAGGCUGUUGUCAUAAAGAUAAAUUGGUUGUUGGGCAACCGGGUAAGAACGGAAUUCUUUUAGCUUCAUGACCAAGCACAGUCUUGGUUGUAUUUGAUUCAAGUGGUUUAUUUUUAUUUGUUUUUCAGCUGAAAUCUUUCAACAGAAUAUAAUCCAAGCUAAUGUUUAUUUUAA